AUGGCUCAGCACACAGCAUUGCUAUCCGUGUACGAUAAAUCGAAUCUUUUGGAUCUAGCGAGGGGUCUCAAAGAGAGUGGAGUUCGCCUUCUGGGAUCCGGGGGAACAGCGAAGCAGAUCAGAGAGGCCGGAAUUGAGAUAAGCGAUGUCUCAGACAUUACAAAAGCUCCAGAGAUGUUGGGAGGGCGCGUUAAAACGCUCCAUCCGGCGGUCCACGGAGGUCCGUGGAAACAACAACUCAGAGUUCUUGAAUCUCACAGACUUAUUAGGCAUCUUGGCACGACCAUUCCAUCUGACCAAGCGGACUUGACUGCACAAUCAAUUUCGCCGAUUUCUAUCGUUGUAUGCAACUUAUACCCUUUCGAAGCCACUAUUGCGAAGCCGGACUGCACUCUUGCAAACGCAGUCGAGGAGAUCGAUAUCGGCGGCGUUACCUUACUACGGGCUGCUGCCAAAAAUCACGAGCGAUCUGGGGGUGGCAUUAUUUCGCCCUCUCUGCGGAACAAGUUUGCACUUAAAGCAUUCGAAAUGACUUCAGCCUAUGAUUUGGCCAUUUCUAGUUACUUCCGUGAACAGUACGCGUCCUCGCAUUUACCUCAAGAACAGCUCGCUGGAGAAGUACAACGGAUGCCCCUCCGAUAUGGGGCCAACCCUCAUCAGAAACCCGCCCAGGCAUUCGUUACGAGUGGUAAACUCCCUUUCAAGGCGUUGGCUGGAUCACCGGGAUACAUCAACCUACUCGACGCCCUUAAUGCAUAUGCGCUGGUUUCAGAACUCCAAGAAGCCCUACAACUCCCUGCUGCAGCCUCUUUCAAGCAUGUGUCACCCGCUGGAGCCGCGGUAGGCCUUGAACUAAACGAUGUCGAAAAAAUUGUAUAUGGCGUGGACGAUCUUAAGGAGCCAUUGACCCCCUUGGCUUGCGCAUAUGCUCGCGCUAGGGGUGCCGAUCGUAUGUCUUCAUUCGGCGACUUUAUCGCGUUAUCAGCCCCUUGCGAUCUCGCGACUGCCAAAAUCAUUUCCCGCGAGGUCUCUGAUGGUGUGAUCGCGCCGGGAUACAGUGAAGAAGCGCUCGAAGUAUUGAAGAAGAAGAAAGCCGGAAAGUAUUGCGUUCUAGAGAUUGACCCGACCUACAACCCCGGGAAACUAGAAACUCGACAAGUCUUUGGAGUUUCACUACAACAGAAUCGCAACGAUGCCAAAAUUACUGCGGAACUUUUUAGCAACAUUGUUAGCGCAAACAAGGAUCUGCCGAGAGAAGCGGUGGUUGACCUCAUUGUUGCUACGCUAGCUUUAAAGUACACUCAGUCCAACAGUGUGGCCUAUGCGUUGAGGGGGUCCAUCAUUGGUCUUGGUGCAGGUCAACAAUCACGCAUACAUUGCACUCGUCUUGCAGGUGGGAAGGCCGAUAACUGGUGGCUUCGACACCACACUAGGGUCCUCGAGCUGCCCUUCAAAAAGGGAGUCAAGCGGGCCGAGAAAGCUAAUGCGAUUGACUUGUUUGUUGGAGGUGAAGAGCUCGAAGGGGGUGAAAAAGCACAAUGGGAAUCUCUUUUCGAAACCGUUCCCGCACCACUUACCGCCGAGGAGCGUCGUUCACAUGCCACUAAACUAGAUGGUGUGAGCGGCGUGAAGUACCUUGCUGCUCCUGGAGGAAGUGUUAUGGAUGCCGAAUGCAUCAAGGCUGCCGAUGAGCACGGAAUCAUGUCCACUAUAUCUGUCCCUGAGCAUUUAUGGGAGGCCUUAGCACCACUCACCAAACUUGAAAUCGAGCCUUCUGAACUCCAGACGCUACUACGAGAACAUAUCAAACCCACGAUAGAGGAGACUUCAGCUGAAAUACCAUAUGAUCUGAUUACAGGGAUAGCGAGAUGGGCUGGUUCAGAGAAAGGGAAGGAUACACUAAAGGCAGAAGGCCUCGAUCCAAUUUCUUACUCACUUAUACCAUUACUGGCGGGAACAACUUUUGCUCCAUCAUCAAAACCGCCCCCGCCCCCGCCUCCUGAAUACGAUUCUUCUGAAGACAGGCGUGCCAUUACCGCUCUAAUUAAUGGUCUAUUUAGUGUCGUUGGUGUAGGUUUUGCCGCGUGGUGGGCCGCAGGUAGUGUACAUUGGAGAAACGAAACGAGGGUGCUGCUAGCUUUAGCCGCCUCCAUCGUAGUUGCUAUCACAGAAGGGGUGUUGUAUCUUAUCUGGAGCUCACACGCCGAAAAACGAAAAGCACAGCAAAAACGGUGGAAAGCCUCCGAGGCAAAAUCCAAGACAGCCCGAGAGGAGAAGGUAUCUGAGAAUGAAGGAGAAGUCAAGCUUCAGGAUGAAGCUCAGCCCAAUGUAGUUCGAAGGAAGGGCUACGAGUAUGGAGAGGAGGAUGCAUCCGUUGAUUUGCAGGAAUAG